AUGCAGGAUAGCCAAAUUGUUCAAAUAGCUUCAUCAUCUUCAAGAGCACCAGGACAAUUUCGAGGAAAACCUGAUGUCAACCCAAUGGAACAUUGUAACAGAAUUGAGCUUAGGAGUGAAUGGACCUUGGGAGAUCCUCAAGUGACUACUCCAAAAGGGAUGAAACUUCAGGAAGAGCUCUCUCCUCCAACACUUGAACCAAUUCAGAUUCACGAUGAUGAGGAGAAUACCAAGAAGGUUGAAGAGACUUUUCCACUCAACCCUCAAAGUCAAACAAUCCCUUUUCUAAAAAGACUUGUUAUGACAAAGAAAGACAAAGAAUUCAGCAGGUUCCUUGACAAGGUUAAAGACAUCUGUGUCGAAUUAUCUCUAAUUGACGUAAUUCAACAAAUGCCAAAGUUUGUCAAGUUUUUGAAGGAUGUUAUGCCCAAUAGAAGAAGAAAGGGAGAUAUCGAGAUCGUUACCUUAACAGAAGAAUGUAACACUAUAUUUGAGAAGAACACUUCCCCGAAGCUCCAAGACCCAGGAAGUUUUUACAUUCCUUGCACCAUAGGAUCUGAAUUCAUUGAAAAAGUUUUUUGUGAUUUGGGGGAAAGUGUACCCUAUGGGUAUUGCUGA